AUGUAUUUCUCACAACACGAAGCAACAACUUCAAAAAAUAUAUGGAAGUAUGAAACAGAAGAAAAAUCUCAAAUAGAGAUUGCAGAAUCGAAACAAAAAGAAAGUCCACGUUCUUGGGAAUCAUUGCGGGAUAAUGGUGUUAACGAAGUGCGAAUGACGUAUUGGUCAAAACGGAACUAUGUAAUAUUUUAUAGAAGGGUUUUGAGUGUUUAUUGAAUAGUUUAUGUUUUUCAGAAUCUUUCUAGAUAUUUCCAGAUACUUAAAAUUUAACAUUUUGAAUCAAAAAUGAGAAUUCUUUCAGGGAGCCGUUGGAACUUGUUCAAUAAUAGAGGUCCAUCCGGAUGAAAAAGCAGAUGACCACGAACCACCUCAAAUUGAACUACCCAAUGAUGAAACAGAAGACGAAAUAAAGGUGAUACUCAUUUUCUAUUCAAAACUCUAUUUGUUUUUUUUUCCAGAUUAACACUCCACGACAAGAUGUUAUGACGAUUCCUAAAUUGAGCAGAUAUGAAGCACAAGAGGUGUAUGAAAAACGAAUAGCAGAAAUAUUUGCACCAGUGAGAACUUCUGUGAGGAUUCUUCCAGUCAGGACUCCUCCAAUCAAGCCUCCCAAAAUCGAGAAAAAAGAGGAACAUAUCGAUGUAACUAGUAGAGCAUUGGUGAGUGUUUAGAGUGUGAUGAUUAUGAAAAAAAAACAAUUUUCAGAUGAGAGUGAGAAAAAAUCUACGAAAUGAAUCACUGCAAAGAAGAUCUGUUCAUCGAAUUUGGUGCGCAAAACUUGACUAG